AUGGAGAUUCAAUUGGAGGAUUAUUACCAUAAGAAGCAUCGCAGUAGAGCAGGGAUUCGUCACCGUCGCUACAUGGUGGGGCGCGUUCCCAGAAAGGAUAGAAGAUGGCGGAAACGUUUAUGCUGCACGCGUAUGACUGGUGAGAACAAGUGCGUUGUGGUGGUGGUGGGGGUGGUUGAGAGUGGGAGUGUGGGAAAGAGGUUAGCAACAAGCAAGAGACGCAAUUUCAAGGUAAAUGGGAAUGAGAACGGAGGGAAGAAGAAAAAAAGACAUACUUGUGCCGCAUAG